CAAAUGAGUCUCUAAUGCAAUUCUCAUCAACUCGAAAACUUUCCGUCAAUCUACAAAGUACGCGAAGAUACUUUCAAGUGUAAUUUUAUGUGAAUCGACCAAGAUAUGUGAAAUCGAUUUUCAUCGAAUUUAAAAAAGUAAGAGCUUUUGCUGAAAAAAUUAACUGUGUCAGAUUUCAAGAAUGAAUAAGGAAGACUUGGAAGAUGAGAAAUUGGAGGAACUCGGAGGUCCUCGAGAUACGAAGGAAAGAAAAUUUACCGCCUAUCGCAAGUAUCUUAUGAAGCAUAUGAAGCUGUUUCCGGAAUUAUAUCGAAGCGACGUCUCGAUCCAUCCCAGCUACACCGAUUUAAAAGUCUUGCCUUAUCACGUGGUCUGCAGACAUCGUGUGCAAAGGAUCAGGCGGCAGAUUUCUCGGCAACUGAAUCGUGAGAUUGCGCACUUUGCCAUGAUCCAGAUGUUUGCUCUCGACGGUGUGAGAAUCGAUCGCGUCUUCAGCGUCGGUAUGUCGCCGAAGAUGUUGAUUGUACCGGAUCCGAUGACGGAAAAGGAGAGACGUCGAUUAAAUGAGCUUGUUCGAAAUAUCUAACAGACUCCUUUAUAUAUAAUU